GGCAGCCAGCAGCUUCCCCUUUUCUGCCCUGCUCCAGGCACCGGGCUCUUUCCCCUUCAGUGCCUCAGAGGAGGGGACAGCAGCACCAUGGAUCCCCGCUUGUCCACCGUCCGCCAGACCUGCUGCUGCUUCAAUGUCCGCAUCGCCACCACUGCCUUGGCCAUCUACCAUGUAAUCAUGAGCGUCUUGUUGUUCAUCGAGCACUCCGUAGAGGUGGCCCAUGGCAAGGUGUCCUGCAAGCUCUCGAAGAUGGGCUACCUCAGGAUCGCCGACCUGAUCUCCAGCUUCAUGCUCAUCGCCAUGCUCUUCGUCAUCAGCCUGAGCCUGCUGAUCGGUGUGGUCAAGAACCGGGAGAAGUACCUGCUACCCUUCCUGUCCCUGCAAAUCAUGGACUAUCUCCUGUGCCUGCUCACCCUGCUGGGCUCCUACAUUGAGCUGCCCGCCUACCUCAAGUUGGCCUCCCGGAGCCGUGCUAGCCCCUCCAAGUUCCCCCUGAUGACUCUGCAGCUGCUGGACUUCUGCCUGAGCAUCCUGACCGUCUGCAGCUCCUACAUGGAAGUGCCCACCUAUCUCAACUUCAAGUCCAUGAACCACAUGAAUUACCUCCCCAGCCAGGAGAAUAUGCCAUAUAACCAGUUCAUCAAGAUGAUGAUCAUCUUUUCCAUUGCCUUCAUCACCGUCCUUAUCUUCAAGGUCUACAUGUUCAAGUGUGUGUGGCGGUGCUACAGAUUCAUCAAGUGCUUGAACUCGAUUGAGGAGAGGAGCAACUCCAAGAUGUUCCAGAAGAUGGUCCUUCCGUCCUACGAGGAAGCCCUGUCUUUGCCAUCGAAGACCCCAGAGGGCGACCCAGCACCACCCCCAUACUCAGAAGUGUGACCCUCGCCAGGCCCCAGCCCCAGUGCUGGGAGGGGUGGAGCUGCCUCAUAAUCUGCUUUUUUGCUUUGGUGGCCCCUGCGGCCUGGGUGGACCCUCCUGCCCCUCCCUGGCAGGACAAUCUGCUUGUGUCUCCCUCGCUGGCCUGCUCCUCCUGCAGGGCCUGUGAGCUGCUCACAAUUGGGUCAACGCUUUAGGCUGAAUCACUCCUCACGUCUCUCAAAAAUUCAGCCCAACAAUGCUUGGUUUAUGUCAAUCAGCUCCGACACUUGUUUAGACCAUCGGUCAUUCUAAAGUUGGUGAGUUUGUUAAGCAACUAUCGACUUGAUCAGUUCAGCCAAGCAACUGAUGCAUCAAAAACCCACUUGUCAGUUCAGUAAAAUAAUUUGGUCAAAACAACAGUCUAUUGCAUUGAUUUAUAAAUAGUUGUCACUUCACAUAGCAAUUUACUCAAGUAGUCAUCAAUUAGCUACCCCCAUAUAUAAAUAUAUAUGUAAUCAAUUUCUUCAACUAGCUUGCUUAAAUGAUAAUCAGUUAGCCAACCAUGAGUCGUUUAGAAUAGUGAUAAAUAGAAUACAUAGAAUAGUGACGAAAUUCAAUUUAAAAAGCCAAGUUAGCCUCCAAACCAUUUAAUUCAAAUGAACCCAUCAACUGGAUGCCAACUCUGGUGAAUGUAGGACCUCUGAGUGACUGUAUAAUUGUUAAUUCAAAUGAGAUUCAUUUAAACAGUUGACAGACUGUCAUUCAAUAAUUAGCUCCAGGAAAUAACAGUUAUUUCAUCACAAAACAGUCUCUUCAAACACACAAUUGUUCUGUGGAAGAGUUGUCAUCAACAGUCCAGUGCUCACCUAUUCAGUUGCUCUGUGGUCAGUGUGGCUGCAUAGUGGUUGAUUCCAUGAAAGGAGUCAGCUCAAUCACAGUCAUUUUAGUGACGAGCCGCCAGUCCGUUCCCAGGCCAGGCCGUUGCUGGCCAUCCCUUCAGUCGAUUCAGUCAUAGAUGAGUCAGUUCUGCCUGAGGCUUGUGAUCAAGCAAAAAUUCAGCCCUGAAGUCGGGCACAUCUGUUCGUCGGACUAAACCCACCAGUUAGUUCAGUCAAAGCAGGCAACCCCCUUGUGGGCACGGACCUUGCCACUGGGGUCAUGGUGGUUGUGGCAACCAGGGAGGUUUGGCCCCCAGAGCCCUCCUGUGCCUGCUUCCCUGUGUGUCGGGGUCCUCCAGGGAGCGGACCCAGAGGUGGAGACCACAGAGGCAGGGUCUCUGGGGACUGUCGGGGGUACAGAGGGAGAAGGCUCUGCAAAAGCUUCCUGGCAAUACCCCUUGUGUAAUUGCUUUGUGUGCGACAGGGAGAAGUUUCAAUAAAAGCAGCAACAAGC